UUUCAUUUUUUGUCUUCCAAGACUUUGAAUCCAGUAUGGGAUGAAGAAUUUAUUAUUCAGGUGAAACCAAACCAAAGAUUAAAAAUAGAGGUUUUUGAUGAAAAUCGAGUGACUCGAGAUGAUUUUCUUGGGCUAGUGGAAUUAAACCUUCGAAGUAUUCUUACAGAGAAGCCUGGUCGUCGUAUAAGCCCAAAAUACUACAUUCUCAGACCUAGAAGUGCCAAGUCUCGAGUUAAAGGACAUUUGGAAAUAUAUCACGCUUAUUUACCCACAGGAACAGCUGAUGAUGAUGAUACAUCUAGCCAACAAGAAACUGAAUCUGGUUGGGAGAUGGUAAAUGCUGAAGAUGGCACAAGUGUUUUGGAGGAGACCCCAGCGUCUCCAACAAAUGUGCCUACCCCUCCGUCCAAUCACAGUCCUCUCCCACCAGGAUGGGAAGAGAGGCAAGAUAACAAUGGGAGAACAUAUUAUGUCAAUCAUGCUGCAAGAACCACGCAGUGGGAACGUCCUACUGGUGCUUUGCAGUCAGAAGAAGAAAUUCAGCAACGUAGUCUUGAGUCAGCACAAGAAUUCAGACGACGUGUUCAUAUAAGUAUUGAUCAUAGUGAUGAAGUCAAUGAUCAUUCAAGGGACAACUUUGAAAUAUUACGAAAUAUGCUAGAAGCGCAAAGACUUGACCCCAGUGUCAGACGACAUUCCAUGCCUACAAAUAGUUUAACAAGGCAAAGCAGCUCAAAUCAGUCAUCAUCUGAAGGUUUACCAACAGGAUGGUCCAUGCAAGUAGCACCCAAUGGAAGAGUGUUUUACAUUGAUCAUAACUCAAAAACUACAACUUGGGUAAGAGAUUGUGCAUGA